AUGGGCACUAAGCUUAAGUUUAGUACUGCUUAUCAUCCUCAGACUGAUGGACAGACCGAGAGGACUAUUCAGACUCUCGAGGACAUGUUGAGGGCCAGUGCUAUAGAGCUAAAGGGUAGUUGGGACACUCACUUGUCAUUAGCUGAGUUUGCCUAUAACAACAACUAUCACGCUAGCAUUCAGAUGGCACCAUAUGAGGCUUUAUAUGGGAGGAAAUUGUUAGUAGAUCCAUUAAAGCCAAGAAGCUUACACCCCGAUUUAUGGUUGAAAAAGUAUCAUCCCAAUCCAUCUCAUGUUAUUGAACUCGAAGAAGUCAAGUUGCGAUAUAAUUUGACCUAUCCAACAGAACCAGAGCGGAUUUUGGACAUUAAGGACAAACAAUUGAGGAACAAAACUAUCCGUUUUAUUAAGGUCUUUUGGAAGGACAUGAGUCCCGAUGAUGCUACUUGGGAGACAGAGGAACAAAUGCGUUACGAGUACCCUUACCUGUUUUCUUAG